AUGAAUAAGGAAAGCAAACCUCCAAAAAGGUUAGGUACUAGAACCGUUCAAAAUCAAUUACUUCGGAAUUCUUUAAAACGGUCCCCUACUAUGGCCGAGUCUAAUCCUGAUGAAGAACCAAAGAAAAUGUCUUUAACUUUGGAAAAUUUGUUAAAAAUAGUAAUUUUAGGAGACUACAAAGUAUUUAACAUUGAAUUGGUAUUUAACUUACUACAACGAAAGGUUUUUGCAAAUCUCAAAUUAAAUGUUUACAUUGUAACUUCGGAUGUAAGCGAAGUAACUGAAUUGAUAAUUUGUAUAGAGAGAAGUGCUUUUUGUAAUUUAAAUGAAUUUAUUGCAACAAACAAUGUACAGGAGGCAUUCCUAAACGCCGAUUUUCUAAUUAUGAUGUCAGAUUUAAGUAUACAAAAUGUUACACAGGAUAUGCGAAGCUUGAAAUAUAUUAUUAAAAAGGCACAAAUUUUUGACCAAUUAGCAAACGUAAAUGCUCGUGUAUUAAUGAUGGGUCCUCAUUGCUGUACUUGGUUACAGAUAUUUGCAGAAGUAACUUCAAAUCUAUCUAAGGAAAAUUUGUCCGGACUCUCUAGACAUUAUGUAACCAAAGCUGUUACGCUUAUUACACAAAAACUCAAUUGUAACACUCAAGAUAUAACUGGUGUGUACAUUUGGGGCCCACAUUAUUUGGAUCUUGUGCAUGCAGAAAAGGUCUCUAAGUUUAGUUCAAAUCAAGAUGUUUAUGAUUUAUUACCUGUAGAUUGGUUUGAUAAUUGUCUAAUUGAAGAAGUCCUUCAACCUAAAACUGGACGACACGCUCUCAUAUCAGCAGUAUGUCAUCAUUUACAUGAUUGGUUAUGGGGCUCUGGUAACAAAAUUGUUAGUAUGAUAACUAUAGUACAAAAACCGGGUGAUGUAGCAGAUGGCAUAUAUUCAUCAUAUCCAGUAGUAAUCGAUGAAAACAGAAACAUAACUGUUUUAAAUUUUUCAGUAUCUAGGCAAAAAGUAUAUGACGCACUUCAUUGGUUUGUUGCUAUCAAUUCUCUUUAUAAAGACGUCACAAUCGAUCAAAACGGCGUAAUAAGUGAUGAUGAUAUCAUAAGACUAGAAGAAGUUGCUAAAGAGACUAGUGAAGAACUUAUCGAGGGAACUAGUGCUUACAUGAGCAUCAGCGAUUUUGCGAGAAUUGUACGUGCUUCAUGGCAUCAAAGAUACGAUGCCCUAUUCACAUCAGGAUAUGCAGGCGUAUAA